UCCUGGGAGAAAGUGAUAGUAGGUAUAUUUAAGCUUUGACUGAUUAGCCAAGUUAUUGCGAAUCAUGGAGAGAACGUUUACAACGCAGGAAGUUGCCCUACGGGACGGCAAAAAUGGCAAUCCAACCUGGAUGAUCUACCGCGAUGGCGUUUACGACAUAACGGAAUAUUUGAAACUGAAUGAGCAUCCAGGUGGAAACGAUAUGAUAGUGGAGUGUGCCGGAAAAGAUGCUACGAAGGAAAUGGAUGAUUUUGGCCAUUCAAAAUCGGCACUCGCUAUGCUGAAGAAGUACAAAAUCGGGGAGUUGAAUCAGUGUGAUCAAUCCAAGUUCCAAAAACAAAGUGCUGAGAACUUCUCGGAUGGUUUGCCGGAGAAACGACGCAGCAAGAAGCGGAUGUUCAUAUUUUGUGGUUGAUGACAUUCAUAAGCAUUAGAAACAGUUUUGUGCAGAUCGCUUUUACUGUAAAUAUUAGUUGUUAAUAUUUUGAGGAAUUUAAGUAUAUCUACCUACAUAUUAAGUUUCUAGAUUUUCGUGUAUGAUUUAAGUCAAAAAUCGGUGAGCCAACAAAAGUUAAA